GACGCGAGUAAAUUGCUGAUGCUUUCUGUCAUCUACCGAAAAUUCGAAAUAAGCGAGUAGCGAACUGAAAUGAAGGAGCAUGCAGUCACUGUCUACGCUCACGCUGCUUUUCUACUUUCAGUGUCUCGGUUAUCUUUCUGCUUCAGUUGGUUGCUCUUCUACUUUCAUUAUGACAAUCAGAUCAUGUGUCUCGAGUAAUAGCAGAAGAGUUGCAAUAUGUGGUCCACUACUCCAUUGACCGAAUUUCUUACACAAGCUGUGACUUAAACAUUGUUAUCAAAAUUUCUUAUCAUUUAGAUUUACCUUUCUCUGCUCAGAGCAACCGUUUAUCGAAUUUCAAACACCCAAGAACUCAAGAAAAACACCAGAUAAGAUUGCGAAAUAUUUUCAGUGACUUUCUCAACAUUCAGAUACAGACAGUCCAAUGGUUUUCAAAAUCAAGCUAUCAUUAAGAAAAGUUUUCAUUUGCAAAAAAAAGCAUUACAACAGUUUUACGUCUACUCGAACAGGAUUGAAUAUGAGCAUCAGUGUAAAUCUACUCAUUGAUCGAGAAUACGAAAGUUUGACAAGAGUAAUUGUUCCCGUUUGAAAUUUCGACGAAGUACGAAACAUUUGAUUAUUCUUGUGCCGACCAGAUGCGCAUAUAAUGAGCACUCUCCUCUGCUGAGUCACUCAUUGCGGAUUUGUCUGCGCACGCGUUUAGGUGUAAACGUAAAGUUUGAUAAAAACUGUACAGGUCGUUUUUAUAGCCUGAUCGCGAACAGGAGGCGGACUAACAUGACUAACCAUGUGCAUUCUGAUUAAGAUUGCCGCAGAAGUAGAGUCAUUAUUUGUCAUCGAUGGCGGCAAAUGUCUGAACUAAUAAUUGUACACGUUUUUAUAGUCUAAACAGGACUAACAUGACUAACCACCAUGAUCAUAAUCAUCUAAGGCUACCACAGAUGCAUCCUCGGCAUCGUCCUCGGCUUCUUUUCAAGGGCGGGAGAUGAAAAGGGCUCAGGGGUGGCCUCAGGGAUGCGACGGCGGUAGCUCUCUCGUCAUGACUAACUACAUGCAAGAAAGCGAAUCGAAAGAAAAAGACUAAUCCAUUUUCAUAUUACCAAUAGUACUAAUCAAUGAACAUCAGUCCAUAUUUUUCAAAAAUAUCCAUCUGCGCCAGGGCCUGCUUGAACAAGAAGAUGCAAGGACAGCCGGCCCUACAUCAAACAUCGCUGAGAUCAGCAUCAGGAAAGUAGUGCGCUGGUAGGGUCGUUUUUCGAUGCACAGACUGAAUGAGUAGAAAGAAAAUCAAUUCCAUGAAAGAGAUACACAUACAUGCACAUCACCAUCCAAUUCGAAAUCGUUGCACAGCAAAAUGUCGACUAUCUUCUCAGUUCAUCACUUGCAACUUAUUAUCUUCAUCAACAAUCCAAAAAAAUCAAAAAAAAAAUUGCUAAGUAGUUAGUUGCUCAGCAACAAUUUAAGAGCAAGAGGCCCACGCUACCUGUACAGCUCGUUGAAGUCUAAUAAGGGGAGCCGUAUUUCGUCGCGUGAAGUGACGACUCCGGGAGAAAAGAAAGAGGAGCAUCCCUAAGUCCACUCAUGACAGUACGAACAUCAAGAUGAUCGGAAGGAUGGAUGGAGCCUCUUACCCAUUUGACUCAAGAACUAUUCCAUUGACUGAAUAAAUGUUAAAUGUUUUUGUUUACCACGAAUAAGAACCACACUUUGUUCCACUCUCAAUGACACGAAUGCAUACUCCAAUCUCUCCAGCACUUCUCUCUCCAGAAUAGCUCCAGGAAAACGGUUAGGCUGCUCGAGCUUCAAGAACUUGGCCAGAAAUUUCGACUGUUGAGCCAGGAGGAGCAGAACGCGCUAAUGUUCAUCGUCGUGUACAGCAUCGACAUUCGUACUGCUCUGUGAUAGAUUAGCCCAACUACCAUCAAACGGAGAAGAACGUACGAGAGAGACAUAGAAUGACGAGAGUUGCCUCGAAAAAGUUGAACAGCAACAGAAUUGCUAGCGUGUGCUCCGUCAAUAGAGUUGUCACUCACGAAGAAACGAGUGCGAUGAACAUGGUUGGAUUUCGUUGGAAAAUGACAAAAAGAGAACUAUCGGCAUCGCUGUCGUGAAGAAAAAAAGAAAGCUAUCGCUGCCAUGACUAUCGUCGCCCCCUAUGGUUGUAAUUGUAUCAAUCUUCACUCGUUUUUUUAUUGCUCGUAGUCCUGCUUCGUGUACAACCAUUUUCAUCAUCAUCAUCACCAUCAUCGUCGUCGUCGUCUUUCAAUAAGCAAGAGCAUGCGCAUGCAUCUGAUUCAGCCGUAAUAUCUAUUUCCUCUUAUCUGGGUCUUCUUGUUUUUUAGGUAUAACCACAUCAGUGAUCGGUCCACUUCAAUGAACCAACAAGCAGUUACUUACAGUACUAAGGCAAUUCAUCAAUCCGAAUGCACCCAAACCAACAGUCUAACACUGACUCCAGCUACAGAACGCCUCCAACCAAUCCCAAUUAUUUUCUAGGUUAGAAGAAAGACGAAUCCGAUUGUCGCAGAGACGUUUUCGUAGAGAUAUUUGCAGGAUAGCCGUUUCGUUCUAUUUAAAAACUAUCAAGAUCAACAACUCCAGACGAUCAAGAGCAAUUCAGUGAAGACAAGAAAAGUUGGACUUCUUCUUAUACAGGAAGGGGAAUAAUAUACAACAGGAUGGCGUCGAUGGAACUUCCUAUUAGUACCAACAAAAAUCCAGGAGUUGAGGCUGGUCCCUCGUUUUGGGGGUGGCGUACGCUUACGCUUUGCUGCAUGCUGCUUCCGUUUUAAGGCUUGGCUUUGUAGUUUCUGUUCACAAAAACGACUUGACCUUGGACAAAGACGACUUUUUCUAAGCAAGCACGACUUGUUUUCCGUCUCUACUAUAGCCCCGAGCGCUUGUCUCUUUGUAGAGGAGACCACUCCUUCUUGAGUAAGUAUCCUAUUCCUGAGCAACUGCGGUAUAGUUUGUAAGCAACGUCCACAGUCAUCUAAGUAGACUUACUUGAUGUUUCAUUAGAUGCUUCUCCUCUAAUCUCAUUUGCUCUUUUGUUUGGUUGACAUCGGCACCGGCGGUAACGUUGUGAGUGGGUCUAUCGACUAUCUCCUCACUGCAGCCUCGAUUGGGUUUGGGACCUCAGCUAUUAUGGAAUUCGAGAAUGCAUGUUCUACAACUACGUACACAGCAUUAACAUUUUGAGCUCUUGGUCUGUACUGCUUUUAUGUUACUUCAAGUACGACUCCUCUUCUAAGACUAGUAUGUUGACGCGAAGACUUAUGAUACAGAGUUCUGCAUCAGAACUGUAACAUUGGAGCUGUAUCAGAUACAACUAACAACGCUUUAAUACUUAAAUUGCAAGUUGACGAACUCUUCUCCUAUGACAAAACAAAGAGGAUCGUAUAACUUUUCAGUAGAUACUCCAACUUCUAAGACCUCAUCUUCUGUGGUACCUGCAGAGACCUUUCUGGAACCCGGCAAGGGCCAGCCUGGUAAUGCCUUGUGCAACCUGAUAGGUUUUUGCGGUACUGAUCAAGCCACGACGACAACUGAAUCCAAUGGUGAAGGUGGAGCUGCCGCAACUGGAGCUGGUGGAGGUGGAGGAGGUAGUGGUGGUGGUGCUCCUCCUGCUGCUGCUGCUGCUGCUGUUCGUGUUCCUCGGCAGCCUGCGCUCCCAAUUGAACAAUCUGCUGCUCCUCCGGCUCUUCCUCCUGCUUCUCCUGCUGUUGCUGCUGGCGAGGAGGCUGAUUAUGCAGUGGUCAAUCGUUAGAAUUAGAAAUAAUCUUGUUCAUCAUAGUUCCUUUUUCUGGAAAUACACCAUUCAAGACUUCUGAUGUAUGACUUCUCUACGGAUGACACAAUAACCUCUACUAAAUCCAACAUGAGGACGAAUAGGCCAAGACCAUUCACAAGAAUCGCAGAAGAUGUAUGACGAAGAUCCUCCUCAAGUUAAACAAACUGAGUCAUGCUGUAUUCGAAAACUCAAAAUAACCGAGUUACUGACUGAAAUAAGGGAGGUAGCUUAACGCCAAGUGGCUACUCUUCCUUCUCAUGAGUAUCUCGGUUAUUCUGAUCAGUUACUUGCAUAUUUCAGCUUUUCGAGUGCUAUCUUGUUGUUCUGACUAGAUAUUCAUAUUGUAAGAAAGUAGAUCGAAAUCGAUUGUAUACGAAAAUGGGUUAUGUCUCUACCAGUCUCUGCCUGAUCCACAAUAGCAGUAUGUUGAUAGUAUCAUACCACCUAAAAAAUUUACAUGCAAAUGAAGUUUAAUACAGCUCGCCAUCUUGGCCACAUCAAUAAUUCAAAGAGUGGCCAAUCACUCAAGGAGCAAUCACCCAUACCCAAUCAAUUCUCCUAAAGCUUAUCAUUCGAUCGUCUUAGGCUAAGCUCUUCUAACAACAUCAACAUUCGGUGGGAGCUAUGUCUGGUUCUCCGCCGCGACAAGAAGUCACGUCUCUAGAGGAGAUGCAAAGGUUAGAAGAGCGCAGAGCGGCACAACGCGCAGGAAGUAGGGGGAGCGACGCCCAUUAUAGAUUUAGAUAUGAACAACGAAGAUUGUACCAAACGGAUCCCAUCGCGGUCUGCCCAAGCCUUCGAGCUUUCUGCAGAUAGGAGGAUACUUCAUGAUAACUAGGGAAGUUGCUCCUCUGGGCCCCACGUGGCAAAUAUAGUGGGCGAGGAAGUUCCUCCUUACUGCAACAAGAUCACUGUAGCUUCCUUGACUAUUUUGAAAACGAGAAAGAGAGAAGAAAAACACUCAAGCAGCUUGAAAGGCUCAAAGAGUUGCAACGUCGAACGUAAGCGAGAAGAUGAGUGAGCGCGGUUCUUCGUCGCUGUUGCAUUUUUUUAAGAUGUGAAAGCCUUUACGCGUGUACAGUAAAGCGGGCCCAUACCUGGCCCAGCCCUCCAGAGUAGCAAGCCAAGCCACGAACCCGAGAGAGCUCGCCGCUGCCGCUUCAGCCGCGAGCCCGAUUCGGCCCCGCCUUGCGUGCUUGUUAGGACAACGCAGCCGCGCGGACCCGAGCCCGAGCCCGGCCUCGCGAGCGCGGCCCCUUGCGGGCCCGGCCCCGUGCGAACCCAGCUCCGUGCGGGCCCGGCCUUGUGCGAGCCUGGGCCAUAAGAUGACGCUCCCCGCCCCGUGCGAGCCCAGCCGGCGUCGCCGGCUCCGUGUGAGCCCGAGCCGGCCCCUUGUGAGCCCAGCCCCGUGCGAGCCCAGCCCCGUGCCAGUUGAGGUGGGCCCCGUGCCGUGCGAGCCCGGACCCGAGCGAGCCCGGCCCCGCCGGCUCCGUGCGAGCUUAGCCGGCCCCGUGUGAGCCCAGCCCUGUUCCUUCGAGCUCAGCCCCGCGCGAGCUCAGCGGGCCCCCUGCGAGCCAAGUGGGUCCCGUGCGGGCGUGGUUCCAUGCGAGUCCAGCCGGCCCCGUGCGAGCCGAGCGGGCCCCGUGCGAGCCGAGCGGGCACCGCGGGAGCCAAACGGGCUUCGUGCAAGCCCGGCCCCGUGCAAGCUCAGCCGCGUGCGAGCCCGGCCUCGUGCAAGCCCAGCCGUGUAUGAGCCCGGGCAGGCUCGUCGUGCGAGGCUUGCCCCGUGCGAGCCCAGUCGGCCUCGUGCGAGCCCGGCCCCGUGAAAGCCCGGCUCCGUGCGAGCUCGACGGGCCCCGUGCGAGUUCAGUGGCACCCGCGCGAGCCCAAGCCCGAGCCUGGAGCGGCCCUGGCGAGCCUAAGCCGGCACCGGCGAGCCCAAGCUGGCCCCGGCGAGCUCGAGGCGGCCCCACCCAGCGAGCCCAAGCUGGUUCUGGUGAGCUUGGGCUGGCCCCGGCGAACCCGAGCCGGACCCAGCGAGCCCGAGCCGGCCCCGUCGAGCCUGAGCCCGCUCCGGCGGCCCAGAACCGGCGCCAGCGAGCCUGAGCCGAUCCCGCGAGCCUGGGCGGCCCCGCGAGCCCGGCCGCGAGCGCACCCCCCCCCUCCCGCGCGCGUAACGCGCCCGCGCGCGCGUGGCUCCGGCGAGCCUGAGCCGGCCCCGGCGAGCCUGAGCCGGCCCCGGCGAGCCUGAGCCGGCCCCCGCGAGCCUGAGCUGGCCCCAGCGACUGAGCCCGGCCGCGAGCGCACCCUCCCCGCGCGCGCAUGGUCCCGGCGAUCCCGAGCCGGCCUCGGUGAGUCCGAACCGGCCUUGGCGAGCCCGAACCGGCCCCGCUUUGGUGAGCCCGAACCGGCCCCGCCCCGGCGAGCCCAGGCCGGCCCAUGCGCUCGCCGGGGCGCCCGAGCCGACCCCGCGAGCCUGGCCGCGAGCGCACACCCUCCGCGCGCGUAACGCGCGCGCGCGGACGGUCCCGCCGAGCCCGAGCCGGUCCCGCCCCGGCGAGCGCCGGCCCCGCACCGGCGAGCCCGACCCGGCCCCGGCGAACCCGACCCGGCCCCGGCGAGCCCGACCUGGUCUUGGCGAGCCCGAACCUCUCACGCGAGCCCGGGCUGGGCCCGUGAGCCCACCCGGCGCCGCGAGCUUGGCCGCGAGCNCCCCCCCGCGCGCGUUACGCGCGCGCGCGUUCGCCUGGCUGAGCCGGCCCCGCCCCGGCGAGCCCGAACCGGCCCCGCGCCAGCGAGGGCCGGCCCCGCCUUGUGGGACUUACGGUCGGAACGCCGCAGAGCUGUUCGUGACGCGUGACGCCGAGAGCCCCGGGGGGAAGACGAGACGCCUGGGCCUAAUUUCAAGCGUGACGCAGCGCGCAACUAAGUAAUUCGCGCGAUGUGCUUCACGCGUCACGCGGCGGCUGGCGCGUGGUCCGUGGAUCUUUGAGCGAUCCGGGGUUGGUUCUUUGAUCGGUCCGCGGGCCUUUGAUCGAUCCGCGGACUUUUGGUCGAUCCCUGGGUCUUUGAUCGAUCCGCGGGACCUUGAUCGACCCCCGGCCCCGUGGUCGGUCUUGGCUGGUCUGUGGAUCCAUCUUUGAACGAUACGGGAAAACUUCGCCGAUUCGUGGACCCUUGGCCGAUCCGUGGGUCUUUGAUCGAUCCGCGGAUCCUUGACCCAUCCGCGGGCUCUUGAUGGGUCUGGGGUUCCUUUGGUGAUCCGUUUAUAGGUCACUGAUCAGUCCGCGGAUCACUGAGCAAUCCCCGGAUCACUGACCAAUCCCCGGAUCGCUGAUCAAUCCCCGGAUCACUGAGCAAUCCGCGGAUCGCUGACCAAUCCGCGGAUCACUGAUCAAUCCGCGGCUCACUGAGCAAUCCCCGGAUCACUGAUCAAUCCCCGGAUCGCUGACCAAUCCGCGGAUCACUGACCAACCCACGGAUCGCUGAGCAAUCCACGGAUUGCGGAUCGAUCUGCGAGCGACUGAACGAUCCGCGGGCCGCGCGUGCCGCGUCAUGGGUCAUGCGUCACGCGUCAAGGGAGAGCAAGAGGAUCACCCUUAUUGUAGGGGGGUUACGCGGUGGGACUAAUGUGGACAGCUCUACGGCGUUCGGUCCACCUUACGGCCCCGCCCCGGCGAGCCUGAACCGGCCCCGCGCCGGCGAGCCCGAUCCGGCCCCGCCCCGGCGAGCCCGUGCUGGCCCCGCCUCGGCGAGCCAGGGCUGGCCCCGUUCUGGCGAGCCUGAGCCGGCCCCGCGCCGGCGAGCCUGAGCCGGCCCCGCCGCGAGCCCGAGCCGGCCCCGCCGCGAGCCCGAGCCGGCCCCGCCCGCGCCGGCCCCGCCCCGGCGAGCCCGAACCGGCCCCGCCUUGGCGAGCCCGAGCCGGCCCAGGCGAGCCCGAGCCGGCCCGCGCGAGCCUGAGCCGCGCCGCGAGCCCGGUCGCGAGCGCACCCCCCCUCCCCCGCGCGCGCCUUAUUUCGCGCGUAACGCGCGCGCGCGUGGCGCGUUAUGGCGCGCGCGCGUAACCCGCGCGCGUAACGCGCGCGCGCGCGUUACAGUUUUCACACCUUAAAAAGAUGAAAAAGUAUAGCUUAAUAAUAGGUUACCCUUUUCUCUUUUCUAUCUUCCUCUGGUCUUUCUUUUUUCUAGUUAGGUCGGCUCCGCCACAACUUAGAUAGGCAGGCGCUCCUUCUGUUUCGGCAGCUUUAGCGGUGCGCCCCAAAAUUCACCGGGCCACUGCUUGACGGCUCACUUCUGCGCCCCGGAGCCACCAGGUGGCUCGGGGGCGGGGUGGUGGACUAAAUUCGAGCCGGUCUCUGCCUGAUCCGCAAUAGCAAUAAUAUGUUAAUACUAUCAUACCACCUGCAAAAGCAAAAUUAGGAUGCAAAUGUAGUUUUGAUACAGCUUGUCCUCUUGGCCACAUCAAUAAGUCAAAGAGUGGCCAAUCACUCAAGGAGCAAUCACCCAUACGCAAUCAAUUCUCCUAAUAUUUAUCACCCAUCUUGGGAGAAACAGAAGAAGAACAGAGAGCGAAGGAAGCACACCUGGAACGCUUUGUGCAGGGAUAUAGAGAGGAAGCAGCAGCCCAAGCAGAGAGAGAGGCAGCAAGCUCCACCAGCUUCCUCGAAGCAGCAGUCCUCGACGCAGUGUCUGUCUAAAGAGGACGAGGACUACUAGUACGACCUUGGGGAGGCAGGUCGCAGUAAGACCUGGGGGAGGCAGGUCAUCAUAAGAUCCGGGGGAGGUAGGUCGUAAUAAGACCUGGGGAAGGCAGGCGUAAUAAGACCUGGGGAAGGCAGGUCGCAAUAAGACUUGGGGGAAAGCAGGUCAUCAUAUGAUCCGGGGGAGGCAGUUCAUCACAUGAUCCGGGGGAGGCAGGCGCAGGUCAUCACACGAGCACUUUGGGUUGCUGGUCGUGGGUUGUAGAAUGGGAGAUAAUAGAGAUGGUCAUGGGCGUAGAGAUAAUCAUUAUCACGGUAGUUUCUUUUCUUAGGUUUUUGCAAGGCUAUGGGCCUUGGAGAAUUGUCAAAGGAACGGGGGGUUGUCAUAGAAGGAAGUGAUAAGUAAAUCGACUCUACUUCUGUUUCCUCUGGUUGUAUAUGUAUUAGAAAUACUUGCAAAGUGAUCUGAUGCAGAAAGCUACCUUUCUGAUGAUGUCUCUAAGACUCUGCUUCGGAAUUCAGAUUGAUAUCUCGACUCAUUAUUUAUCGACCGGGUGCCCUUGUCGACGUGGGUGCACAUCUGAUCUUAUUGGGCAUGAUUCGUAUUAAAGUUUUAGCACUGUUUCUCUCGCUUCAGCAGCUUGCUAGGGUGACUCGUAUUCUGAAGGAAGUAGGACCUUCCGCUUCCGCCAUGAUGGGCAUCAGUACCAUUUACUCGGAGUAAGAGAGUAACCAACUUCUACACAAAUACUAAUGAGAGAGAAGUAUCUGAGGACGUUAUUCUCUUUCUAGGCUAUUCCGCGGGUUAGUUCAGUUUGUUGAGUAACCGGAUCCGGAUUGAUAGGAACAGGCCACUGAAGUAGUACGCUCAUCUUCCCAAAUUGUGGGUCUCAGACGGAGGUGAAAAUAACGGUCGUCGGAUCUGAGUGCCAUAGCAUUAUACGCAAUAAGCAGAACACUUCUCUGCGGUGGAGCAAUGAAAAUCAUGCAUCAACAUGAUGAUCGUGCUCGUCGCGCUGACAAUUCACUACAACGAUGGACUAAUAUCAGAGACGCGAGUAAAUUGCUGAUGCUUUCUGUCAUCUACCGAAAAUUCGAAAUCGAAAUAAGCGAGUAGCGAACUGAAAUGAAGGAGCAUGCAGUCACUGUCUACGCUCACGCUGCUUUUCUACUUUCAGUGUCUCGGUUAUCUUUCUGCUUCCGUUGCUCUUCUACUUUCAUUAUGACAGUCAGAUCAUGUGUCUCGAGCAAUAGUAGAAGAGUUGCAAUAUGUGGACCACUACUCCAUUGACCGAAUUUCUUACACAAGCUGUGACUUAAACAUUGUUAUCAAAAUUUCUUAUCAUUUAGAUUUACCUUUCUUUGCUCAGAACAACCGUUUAUCGAAUUUCAAACACCCAAGAACUCAAGAACAACACCAGAUAAGAUUGCGAAAUAUUUUCAGUGACUUUCUCAACAUUCAGAUACAGACAGUCCAAUGGCUUUCAAAAUCAAGCUAUCAUUAAGAAAAGUUUUCAUUUGCAACAAAAAGCAUUACAUCAGUCUAAAUCUACUCAUUGAUUGAGAAUAAGAAAGUUUGACAAGAGUAAUUGUUCCCGUUUGAAAUUUCGACGAAGUACGAAACAUUUGAUUAUUGUAUGUUGAGCUGACCACAUGCACAUAUAAUGGGCGCUCUGCUGAGUCAUUCAUUGUGGAUUUGUUUGCGCACGCGUUUAGGUGUGAACGUAAAGCUUACUUAGUAAAAAUUGUACAGGUUUUUAUAGUCUGAUGAACAGGAGGAGGACUAACAUGACUAACCACCAUGGGCAUUCUACUCAUGAUUAAGAUUGCCGUAGAAGUAGUAGCAUUAUUUGUCAUCGAUAGAGAAAAAUGUCUGAACUAAUAAUUGUACAGGUUUUUAUAGUCUGAACAGGACUAACAUGACUGACUAACCACCAUGGUCAUAAUCAAUUAUCUUGGACUUGAGCUUGAACUUGAACAUGACUAAUCACCAUGAUCUAAGGCUACCGUGGUAGAUGCAUCCUCAGCAUCAUCCUCGGCCUUUUUUUCGAGGUGAGAUGGAGAAGGCUCAGGGAUGGUCUCAGGGAUGCGAACGCGGUAGCUCUAACGUCAUGACUGACUACAUGCAAGAAAGCGAAUCGAAAGGAAAAGAUCGAUCCUUUUUCAUAUGACCAAUAUAUUUAAUACUACUCAAUGGACAUCAGUCCAAGUUUUUCAAAGAUAUCCACCUGUACCAGGCGGCCUACUUGAAGAAGAUGCAAGAACAGCUGGCCCUACGAACAUCGCUCAGAUCAGCAUCAGAAAAGUAGUGCGCUGGUAGGCCCGUGCUUCGAUGCACAGACUCUGGCGCGUCGAACGAUUCGAAAAAUUUGUAAUUGUAACUGAAUGAGUAGAAAGAAAAUCAAUUCCAUGAAAGUGCUACAUCGCCAUCCACCAGCUCCACAGCAAAACAGUUCGUCUAAACAGCAGUCUCCAACAGUUGCAUCGUUGAAGUCUAAACAGCACUCUCCACAACAUUGAUUUGCAUGCUCCAUUCUCUCCAGUACUCUGCUCAACACACGUAUUCGAAUUCUAGUACAAGUAGUUUACUAGCUGGUCGUCCUAAAGAAGAGAAAGCAACUCUCCAACAUCCACGCGACCCCUGUUGUUCUUUUCAUCUGGUCGGUGGAACUCUGAUAAGAUGAGAAAAAGGUGCGUCAUUGCCAGCCGACGUCUCUGAUGCAUCAGCCUCGAAACGUUGAAGCGAUCAUGGCAUCUUCUCAGAGUCAGUAAUACAUGAUCAUCUACUAUUCACUUGUACUAGAGUUCUUACCUUCUACCCAGUAGUAGUAGUACUAGACGACCCAGUUGUACUAGACGAGGUCUCCUGCGUAACAAAGACUUUUCACCUUUCUUUGUUUCCAAACACCUUCGUCUUGUAAUGUAACUACGCAAUCGUCCUAACUAUUUGGGAGGGCAACUUGACUAAUGGGGAGCAGGGUAAGCCUAACUAGCUAACGGGGGAGGGUAAUCGCAAUUCUAACUAGCGGGGAGCCUAACGAGACCGUUAGCGGGACACUAAGUAAGAAGUAGCUAACGGGUAGGGUAAGCCUAACUACGAGUUGGAACGGUAUUAACCUGAGCAAUGGGGAGGGUAACCCGAAUUAGCUAACGGGGAGGGUAACCUGACUUAGUCAAUUAUUAUAACCCGACUCCUGUUUGCAUCUUUUUUUUUGGAAUAUUCUUCGCCUCAACAUGGUAGAAUUUGAGUCAUAAAUUCAAUCAAUCUCAACAUACAAGGUCCUUAUGGUGCUAAUACAGAGUAGCUUUACAGCUACUACUUCUUGUAUGCUGUUGUAUUUGAUGAAAGCGAAGAAGAAGAUUAGCGCCGGACGUAAAGGCUCAAGGGGAGAGUAAUCAGUGGGCCCUCUACCUAGCUGCGCUUUUCGAAGUGGAUUGUGACGCCGAACAGAUCUACGCUNCAUCAUGAUCAUCGGUCUAGCAACUAGAACUACGCGACGAAAAAACUUGAUUUGCCCUUGACUUAAGAAUGGCCACGGGGUUGAGGAAAUACUCAGAAUCAGAGGGUCAACCUGGACUUCUUAGAAAGAAAAAGCGGAAAGCCCACCAUGUUGACCAUCUGAUUCUGAGAAGUAGCACCAGGUGGGCGGGGUGUCGGGUGUGCUUCUGAUCUCACGGGUGUGCAGACCUGAUUCGUACUAUUUAUUUUGGCAUUUUUGUUUCCCUCGACGCGGCUGACUACAUGCAGGGUUCCGAAGUAAGUAAGUACAAUCAUUGAUUCCGCCAUCGGGAUGGACAUGAAUACCAUUGCAAAUACUAAGAACUGAGAAGUAUAGCAUCUUCCCAAAUUGUGGGUCUCAGAAGUGUCUGUCUAAACAAGAGGACUACAACUAGUAUGACCUGCGGGGGGCAGGUCGUAAUAAAGAAGCCUGGGGGAUGCAGGUCGACCUGGGGGAGGCAGGUCAGAAUAAGGCCUGGAGAAGGCAGGUCAGAAUAAGGCCUGGGGGAGACAGGUCAUCUUCCCAAAUUGUGAGUCUCGGAAGUCAUAGCAUUAUGCAAUAAGCAGAACACUUCUAUACGGUGGAGCAAUGAAAAUCAUGCAUCAGCAUGAUGAUCGUGCUCGUCGCGCUGACAAUUCACUACAACGAUGGACUAAUAUCAGAGACGCGUGUGAAUUGCUGAUGCUUUCUGUCUACCGAAAAAUCGAAAUAAGCGAGUAGCGAACUGAAAUGAAGGAGCACGCAGUCACUGUCUACGCUCACGCUGCUUUUCUACUUUCAGUGUCUCGGUUGUCUUUCUGCUUCAGUUGCUCUUCUACUUUCAUUAUGACAAUCAGAUCAUGUGUCUCGAGUAAUAGCAGAAGAGUUGCAAUAUGUGGACCACUACUCCAUUGACCGAAUUUCUUACACAAGCUGUGACUUAAACAUUGUUAUCAAAAUUUCUUAUCAUUUAGAUUUACCUUUCUUUGCUCAGAACAACCGUUUAUCGAAUUUCAAACACCCAAGAACUCAAGAACAACACCAGAUAAGAUUGCGAAAUAUUUUCAGUGACUUUCUCAACAUUCAGAUACAGACAGUCCAAUGGCUUUCAAAAUCAAGCUAUCAUUAAGAAAAGUUUUCAUUUGCAACAAAAAGCAUUACAUCAGUCUAAAUCUACUCAUUGAUUGAGAAUAAGAAAGUUUGACAAGAGUAAUUGUUCCCGUUUGAAAUUUCGACGAAGUACGAAACAUUUGAUUAUUGUAUGUUGAGCUGACCACAUGCACAUAUAAUGGGCGCUCUGCUGAGUCAUUCAUUGUGGAUUUGUUUGCGCACGCGUUUAGGUGUGAACGUAAAGCUUACUUAGUAAAAAUUGUACAGGUUUUUAUAGUCUGAUGAACAGGAGGAGGACUAACAUGACUAACCAUGUGCAUUCUGAUUAAGAUUGCCGCAUUAUUUGUCACCGAUGGCGGCAAAUGUCUGAACUAAUAAUUGUACAGGUUUUUAUAGUCUAUGUCUAAACAGGACUAACAUGACUAACCACCAUGAUCAUAAUUAUCUAAGGCUACCACAGAUGCAUCCUCGGCAUCGUCCUCGGCUUCUUUUCAAGGGCGGGAGAUGAAAAGGGCUCAGGGGUGGCCUCAGGGAUGCGACGGCGGUAGCUCUCUCGUCAUGACUAACUACAUGCAAGAAAGCGAAUCGAAAGAAAAAGACUAAUCCAUUUUCAUAUUACCAAUAGUACUAAUCAAUGAACAUCAGUCCAGAUUUUUCAAAAAUAUCCAUCUGCGCCAGGGCCUGCUUGAAGGAGAAGAUGCAAGGACAGCCGGCCCUACAUCAAACAUCGCUGAGAUCAGCAUCAGGAAAGUAGUGCGCUGGUAGGGUCGUUUUUCGAUGCACAGACUGAAUGAGUAGAAAGAAAAUCAAUUCCAUGAAAGAGAUACACAUACAUCACCAUCCAAUUCGAAAUCGUUGCACAGCAAAAUGUCAAGUAUCUUCUCAGGUCAUCACUUGCAACUACUUAUUAUCUUCAUCAACAAUCCAAAAUCAAUUGUUAUUGCUAAGUAGUUAGUACAACUACCGAAUGAAUCGACAAAGAAAAACGCACUAUUAGCCAGGGGCCCACGCUACCUGUACAGUUCGUUGAAGUCUAAGAAGGGGAGCCAUAUUUCGUCGCGUGAAGUGACGAUUCCGGGGGAGGAGAAAGAGGGGCGUCCCGAAGUCCACUCAUGACAGUACAAACAUGAACAUGAUCGGAAGGAUGGAUGGAGCCUCUUACCCAUUUGACUCAAGAACUAUUCCAUUGACUGAAUAAAUGUUUUUGUUUACCACGAAUAAGAACCAGACCACACUUUCCACUCUCAGUGACACGAAUGCAUAAUCCAAUCCCUCCAGCACCUCUUUCUUCAAUCUCUCCAGAAUAGCUCCAGGAAAACGGUUAGGCUGCUUCAGCUUCAAGAACUUGGCCAGAAAUUUCGGCUCCCC